CAGGUCCGGAGCUUGAACUGAGCUUUUGGUGUUGGCCUUUCCUAUGAGGAUGGAAUUGCUUCUGUUUGACGUCUGGGUCCUACUGGCCUUGACCCAUUGCCCAGGGGCCACAGAAGAGCUGUUUGAAGUUUCUGUUCGGCCAAAUCAGGCCUUAGUGGAGUUCGAACAGUCCCUGCUGGUCAACUGCAGUACCACCUGCCCAGACCCAGGCCCCAGUGGGAUUGAAACUUUUCUAAAGAAAACCCAGGUGGGCAAAGGGCCUCAGUGGAAGGAAUUUCUCCUGGAGAAUAUCACAGAAAAUUCCAUCCUGCAGUGCUUCUUCUCCUGUGCUGGGAUUCAAAAGGACACGACUCUUGGCAUCACUGUGUAUCGACCUCCAGACCAGGUGAUCCUGGAGCUGCAGCCUGCAUGGGUGGCUGUGGAGGAAACCUUUACAGUGAAGUGCCAUGUGCCCAGUGUAGCACCUCUGGAGAACCUCACCCUGACCCUUCUCCAGGGUAACAAAGAGCUGCAAAGAAAGAAUUUUGUGAGCUUGGCUGUGGCCCCUCGAAGACCUGAGGUCACCAUCAGUGUCAGAGCCCAAAGGGAGAAUGACAGAAGCAAUUUCUCCUGCCAUGCAGAACUAGACCUGAGUCCACAAGGUGGAGGGCUCCUUCAUGGCAGCUCAGCUGUCAAGGUACUCCGGAUUUUUGAAUUCUCUGAGAGCCCGCAGAUUUGGGUCUCUUCGCUGCUGGAGGUCGGUAUGGCAGAGACUGUGAGCUGUGAGGUGGCUAAGGUGUUUCCAGCCAAAGAUGUCAUGUUCCACAUGUACCUGGGAGACCAGGAGCUGAGCCCCUCCCUCUCCUGGGAGGGGGACACAGCAUGGGCCAAUGCCACCGUUCGGGCCAUGGAGACUGGUGAUCAGGAGCUGUCCUGCCUUGCAUCUCUGGGUCUGAUGGAACAGAAAAUAAGAGAGCCAGUGCACGUCUACAGCUUCCCUCCACCAAUCUUAGAGAUAGAAGAAUACCCACUGGCAGGGACAGACGUUAAUGUGACCUGCACGGGGCAUGUGUUAACCUCCCCCAGCCCUUCUCUUUGGCUUCAGGGAGCCUCAGACCGCCCUGCCCCUGGGGAGCCUGCUUGGCUUGCACUUACUGCCAGGGAGGAAGACGAUGGCCGAAAUUUCUCCUGUGAGGCCUCUUUGGAGGUGCAGGGUCGGCGACUGAUUAAAACCACUGUGAUCCAGCUUCAUGUUUUAUACAAGCCACGGUUUGAGGAAUCUGGAUGCCCUGGCAGCCAGACAUGGGUAGAAGGAAUGGUGCAGAUGCUUGCCUGCAUCCCAAGGGGAAACCCAGCCCCAACCUUGGUGUGCACCUGGAACGGAAUCGUCUUUGAUCUCGAAGUGCCACAGAAGGCAACCCAGAACCACACUGGAACCUACUGUUGCACGGCCACUAACCAGCUGGGCUCUGUCAGCAAAGACAUCACUGUCAUUGUUCAAGGACCAGGAGAAGGAAUCAGCUCUACCAUCUUCAUCAUCAUCAUUGUUGCCCUUGGAGUGGGUGUCGUCACCAUAGCGCUGUAUUUGAACUAUCGGCCUUGCAAAACAGAGAGGAGGAAAUUGCCUUAUAGGAAGAAAGAGAACGACAAAGUGGAGGAGAGCCAGUUUGCUGCUCAACAAGAAGGAAAGUUUAACUUGAAUAACUGUUGACUAGAGACAGUUACUGGGUCAAACUAGACUUCUAUUACUGGGAUUUCCCAGGUAGGGGUGAGGGGACACAGGAGAAAGGAGGAAAGAGAAAGUGAGGCAGCAUUAAUUAUCCUUUGUGCUCUGCUGUCAAAACAGUGUUUCCGGCCCUCAUGCCCCUAUGUCCGGUCCAUCCACAAGCUCACCUUUCUCCUUGGUGUUCACAGAGGCAGCAGCAACUCCCGUCUCUGCGCUCACUCCCGUGAGAGUGUGCUCGCUCCUUGCCGUGUCCUAAACCAGCCCUCCCUUAUAAUGGAAAAGACCUUGCCCUGGCCUCAUCAUUCCCACUGCCCUUUCCUCCCAAACGCACUGAUGAGGUAACCAAAAUACCUUAGAGAUGGAACUCAUUUCUCCUGGUUUCCUGAUGACUAUCUGGGAACUAGCAGUUUUAGUCCAGGGAUAAGACUUGGAAGGGGAUGAGCACCAACCAAGGGCACUCAUCUCCACCCAGGGUCUGGAAUGUCAGCUCCCAAGCUGACCUUGGUGACAUCAUUAGGGUCAGUAGAUGUUCCACUUCAACUCAGUAAUCAUCUGUUGUGGGCCUUGGGGGUGUAUGAAAAUCAUAAAUUCCACAGUGGGUCACAGAAGCAGUGUUCUGUCUCCAAAGUGGAAGGUACACUUCUUCCGUGAAACUGGCCUCAUAGCUUAAGGGCUCCAAGCAUCUCUGAGUUCCUUUCCAUAAUCCACUGGAGAGUAAUUAUCUGUGAGUUCACAUUCAGCUUCUUUUUCAAAAACCUGUAUGGGCUCUCAGAGUUCCAAUGCCUUCUCCUUUCCCACAAGUGCGUGUUUUCAUCUUUCUGCAAACUAUGUCUUUUAAUAAGAAGAAACGUCUUUGACAAUGUUUACCUUGAUCUUAUGAUUCUGCUUCCUUCUUUGUGCUUUGGAAAGAGUACGUCCACUCUGGGAAAAGGCAUGAAGAAUCGUAAGCCCAGCUCUUUUCUCCCAAAUCAGUCAUUAAACGUUCACC